UUCCAAGAUUAUCCAAAUAUAUGAAUGUUGCUGUUUCCAGUUGAAUAUCCUGUACAGGUUGCCUUGUACACUAUGCAUAUAUAGUAUUCCCAUAACGACAGCAUCUAAUCUGGUCGGCAAAGACAGAUUGGUGGUUUUACUUGGUCAUACUACACAACCCAGUUUUUCAAUAUGUUGAGCUUAUUCUAGAUAUUACAAGACUAUUUACAGGCCACAUUACCUGGUGGCCGGACUUGGUGAAAGGAAUGUCUAGAAUAAGAUUAAUGACCACAAGAAGCAUGCCAAAAAUUCUUUAUCUGCGAAAAUUAUGGUCACAUAUCGAUAAACCCCCAGACUAUGGACAAAGACAGGUUGUAAUACUCCCAAAUCCUAGGGAUUCCGUGAAAACGAUGGCAAUGUGUGUUCCCUGAUCAGUAAUUGCUCUAUGCAUGCAUUGCUCUAUGCCUGCUGGAAGUAAGACCACUUCUUUAAGUACUUACCUUUCUACUUGCUUGUCUGUAGGUUCAUUUUAAAUACUUAACAACAUAGUAAUCGUCAUCAAUUCGAACAAGGAAGCUUCAAGUUACAGUAUAUAUGCCCUGCUGAGUAAAGGGUCUAUAGACUUGAUUGCCGAAGCUUUUGAUACAUUAGAAAGCUACACUAUGGCAUCUGGUUUCUAUGUGCAACCUUGUGAAGUCUAUGGCAAUAACAAAUGUGAUGAGGUUAUUGGUCUUGAUCUCAAUCUCUCAUCCAUGUCAUGCCUUCCCUUCCCUUCUCUUUCGACUCUGGAGAACAAUUCUGCUGUCUGGGAGAUUCCGUUCAUAGAUGAAACAAGAAAUCAUAAGAGGGUAAAGCUUGAAGAUAGUGCCGAUGAAUCCAUUAUAAGUACUAAUUAUAGUCUUUACAGUGGCAGUGCCAGUGGCAGCAUGUAUACUAGUGGAUUCAAUAGCUUGUCAAGAAUUCAAUUCCGGGAUCACAUAUCAGCUUACACCCGGAGAUACUUGGCAGCAGAGAAAAUGGAAGAAGCAGCUUCAACCUUGCUGGGAGGCGAGCCCGAGGAAGAAGGAAGUGAAGAUGGAAUGAAACUAGUUCAAAAGCUCAUUUCGUGCGCUGAGGCUGUGGCUUGUCGUGACAAAACUCAUGCUUCAGCAUUGCUUUCUGAGCUUAGAACUAAUGCCCAGGUCUUUGGGACAUCAUUCCAGCGAGUAGCUUCCUGCUUUAUCCAAGCUCUCUCUGACCGUCUUGCUCUCGUUCAACCACUGGGGGCUGUGGGAGUUACAACAAAGAUGACUGCUGUUUCAUCAGAGAAGGAUGAGGCUUUGCACCUUGUUUAUGAGAUUUGUCCACAUAUCCGGUUUAGUCAUUUUGUAGCAAACACAUCAAUAUCGGAAGCCUUUGAGGGGGAGAGCUAUGUUCAUGUCAUAGACUUGGGCAUGACCCUAGGCCUCCUUCAUGGCUACCAAUGGCUCAACUUGAUGGAAAGUCUAGCCAGCCGAACGGGACAACCCUUACGCCGGCUUCGAAUAACUGGUGUUGGUGACUCUGGUGAACGCCUUGAAGCGAUUGGUAAUGAACUAAAGUUGUAUGCACAAAGCAUGGAGCUGGAUUUUGGAUUUUUAGCAGUGGAAAGCAACUUGGAAAACCUGAAGGCCGAAGAUUUCAAUCUCAUUGAUGGGGAGGUUUUAGUCAUCAAUAGCAUACUCCAGCUGCAUUGUCUUGUGAAAGAGAGUAGAGGAGCAUUGAACUCGGUUCUACAAACACUAUAUGACCUAUCACCAAAGCUAAUGGUUCUAGUUGAGCAGGACUCGAGCCACAAUGGGCCUUUCUUUCUUGGGAGGUUCAUGGAGGCAUUACAUAAUUACUCUGCCAUCUUCGACUCCUUAGAUGCAAUGCUGCCCAGAUAUGACACAAGGAGAGCUAAAAUGGAGCAGUUUUAUUUCGGAGAGGAGAUUAAGAACAUAGUAAGCUGCGAGGGACCUGCGCGAGUGGAGCGGCACGAAAGAGUUGAUCAAUGGCGCAGGAGGAUGAGGCGCGCUGGGUUCCAACCGGCACCCCUGAAGAUGAUUACGCAGGCUACAAAAUGGCUAGAAAUGAAUGCUAGUGAGGGUUACACAAUUGUGGAAGACAAGGGUUGCUUUGUUCUUGGGUGGAAGUCGAAGCCUAUCAUUGCAGCUUCUUGCUGGAGAUGUUUUUGAAUCAAACCUCGUUUAACAUUGUGACUUUGUUGGCUGUUAAAAACUUGUGAAACUCAUUAUGUUAAUAACAAUCAAAACUUGAAGUUAAUUGGCAUCCUCCACUUUUUGGUUGGGUAAAGAUUAAUACUGAUGGUGCUUGACGUAGCUCUUCUGGGCAUGCAGGUUAUGGUGCCAUCUUUGGAGAUUUGAGAAGUGGUAUUAUGGAUGUCUUUUGCUCUAAUCUUAAUAUUCCGAGCUCUGUGACAGCGAAGGUUAUGGCAGUCAUCAAGGCUCUUGAGUUAGCUUAGGUUCGGGACCGGCCUGGAAACAUAUAUGAUUAGAAGUGGACUUGGCUCUUGUUCUUUCAUUUCUUCAUUCUCCUCACUUGAUACCUUGGCAGCGACAAAUUGAGUGACAUAAUUGUUUGCAUCAUAUCUCUCAGAUGCAUUUCCGUUCUUCACACAUCUAUCGUGAAGGAAACCAAGCUGCAGAUGCUCUUGCUAACAUAGGUCUCUAUUCUGAUAGUUUAACGUGGUGGGACAGGCCCCCGGAUCUUACUCGCUCUUAUUGUCAGAAGGAUUAUUACUUGGGGUUGCCCAAUUUUUGUUUUCGUUAGUUUCACUUUCUUCUUGUAUUUAUCAUUUGUUUUCUUUUUUGUUACUUUCUCUUGAGGAGUUUGGUUUUAUGUCCCCUCCUCGCACUUGUACUUUUUUCUUUUCUUAUUAUUCGGAAUGAAAUUCAAGAGGAGAUAAGUCAUCUAAGCUACCCCUCUGUUUAUUAAAAAAAAAAAAAAAAAACAAUCAAAACAAUAUUGAUUUCGAGCUUCUAUAUGAUCUCAAAAUGCACCAUUUUGGUGAUUAUAAAGCUCUCACUUCUAAAAUAUUUGGUUAUAAAAACACAACACUUUAGGUAGUGAGAGAUGAAAAUGUAAUUAGAUGCCACAAAAGAAUCAUAAACACAUACAAAAUGGUAGUGACUUAAUUCGUGGUUCUUUUACACUAGAAUUGUGUACAUAGUGAGUUACAUAUGAGUCUUUGACAGACUUUCUUGUUCAAUCGACUAAGGGCUAGUAACUUGCGAGAUUUUCUCUCGACCCCUAGCGACUCUCUCUUAAACCCUAGUUCCCUAGUCGGCGUCUCAGCCACUCUCGACUCUCCUUCACUGCUCCAUGGCCUCAAUCGAUGCCGUCACUGCCAGUUUUGCGGCCUCUCUGGCGCUGGCUGAAGGGGGUAAAGCCCCAGAUCUGGGAAAACUUGGAGGAGGCCCGAUUCAGCGAUCUGCUCAAUCUUUUCUCCUCGGAAAACCACUCACCCGCAAACCGGUGGAUUCCAACGCUUUCAAAUCUCAAUUUUUCCGGACUUGGAUGCAUGGUGGAGAAAGAAUUCCGGAUCCAAGAAAAGGCAGACAACAGGUUCUUGUUCUCUUUCGAGUUGGCCAGGGAUAGGAACAAGGUGCUUAGGGGCGGGGUAUGGUCCUAUGAUCGGGCUCCAGUCUGUCUGGAGGAGUAUGAUGGCGUCACCCCCAUAGCUGAUGUUCCCCUGAAGCAUGUAAGGAUAUGGGUUAGGGUUUUGGGUAUCCCUCCCCUCUACGAGGAACCUGACAAUCUUAUUCUCAUCGGCAACCUUCUGAGAGGCUAUCUGGAUUAUGAUAAGAGAGAAUUUCGCAAAGGAGUUGUGCGUAUCUUUUUCUCUCAUGACAUCUCCAAACCAGUUCUACUCAAGCGUAGGGUUUUCCUGGCUCUAGGUGUAGAACCUAUUCUACAGUUCCAGUUUGAGCAUCUUAAGGGCAGAUGCCCUCAGUGUGGUAUGUUAACGCAUUAUGGGGCGAAGUGUGAGGAGUCUGUUACUCUCUCAGAUCCUAGGGCUUUGAAAUUUGGUGUCGGACCCUCCACCUCUAGUGGUGCUUUUGCUUUCUCUGCCCAGACCUCCCGUGAUCUCCCUAGGCCUUCUUCUUCCCUGCUGAAAAAGAAGAAGCCAGUUAUUCGCCGCCUAGAACGAUCUUCGACUGAACCUUCACCUUCUGAAGAUACCGUGACUAACACUUCAAGUUUGGAAGGUAUGGAGCAUGAGGCUGCAUUGCAGGAUGAAGCUAUCUCAGUGGACCCUUCUGGUUCCGGAACUAAAGAUCUCCAACCUGCUUCUAUUUUGCAAGAUGGGCAGCAGCACACUGUGACCUAUAAGAAAAGAGGUCGACAAGAGGUCGCUGAACCUUCUCCUAAGAAA